AAAAAAAAAAAAAGUUGUUUAAAAUUUUCAUUUUUUGAAUUCUUAUUUUCUAUUUACUACUUAUAAUCAUAUACAUAUAAUCAAAGAUGGCUAAGUCAGGUAUUGCUGUUGGUUUAAACAAAGGUCACAAGACCGCUGCCAGAGAAGUUGCUCCAAAGAUUUCUUACAGAAAAGGUGCUUUAUCUCAAAGAACCAGUUUUGUUAGAAACAUUGUUAAAGAAGUUGCUGGUUUAGCUCCAUAUGAAAGAAGAUUAAUCGAAUUGAUUAGAAAUGCUGGUGAAAAAAGAGCUAAGAAAUUGGCUAAAAAGAGAUUAGGUACUCACAAGAGAGCUUUAAGAAAAGUUGAAGAAAUGACUCAAGUUAUUGCUGAAUCUAGAAGACAUUAAAUUUAAUAUAUUUUGUUAUUUAAAAAGAAGCUGAAUCAGUUUUAACUAAGGGCUUUUAUAAUAAACAUAAUUAACUUGUAUAUCAUCUUAUCAUUAUCAUCUUUUAAUACACAUCACAUAUAUUAUAGGAAAUAUCU